AUGAUGACCCGCGGUAACAUUAGCCCCCUCGAAGGAGGCCACAACCCUGAAAUGAUACAGCAGCCGCGCCGCUUUGCUUGCGAUCGUUGUCGGAUGCAGAAGCUCCGCUGCGAGAGAGACAUCUGGCGGCCUUCUCUCAUGCCGUGCAAGCGUUGCCGCAAGGCACGUAUGGCUUGCACGAUCAGUUCGAUGGAUCGCUCCGUCAGCAAAAGACCUAAGGAGAAGGUGGUAACCCCAUCUAAAGUCAGCAAAACAACUAAAGAGUCACCGAAGCAUGUUCAAGGAAAGUCUCCUAGUCUGAAUUUUCCUGAACAGACCCCUGAGGAAGCUGCGAUCGCCUAUCACAACAAGAUGAUGGCUGGCGGGUUCGCUUUGACAACUCCAUCGCAUAUGAACCCGGACAGCUUACAUCCCGAGGACUGUUUCGCAACGAACGCGAGCUUUGAUAGCUAUACAGUGCCCAUUUUUUCAGGGUUGAUCACACCUCCCUCAAUGGAUAGUGAGCGCGGUCAGUUGCCGCUUCAGUUAUCGACAUAUCUCCCACAAAACCAAGACUGGGCAUCUCUAAGUGACUCACAAGGUGUCGAAUAUGAAGAUAAGUUUCCUUGUUUGGAUGAUAGAGAACAACACUGGGAUCGUGAGAACCUUAGAAGACUGUUAGAGACGAACACACAUUUGCUAGACUGCCAGCAGAUGAUCUCUCAGAAGCUGAUCAUGUUAGGCAAUAUGUCACCUAGUAUUGCAGUGAACAACCUAGAGACAGCCCUCCAAAGCGUCCUAGGUUACUCACAACAGUUUCUCGAAGUCGUAAAGUUCUCUGUACCAGGAGACCUCCCCGAGUUAUCGUGUCAUCUUUCGAAUACUGUUCCAGCGACCAGUAUGGCCCUGUCUCUUCCGACACCUAGUGAAUCCCGCCGUUCAUCCUUCUUUCAAGCGGCAACCGGGUGCGAAAUGGCGUUGGCUCAACCAGAAGCUCUUCCCCAGCAAAUAAACCCGACAUAUAUCCGGCAAGGACGAUUCGAUGACGUCCAUACGUCGUUAAUUCUAGCUAUAGUCAACUGCUAUACUUGCCUCGCUGGAAGUUAUCAUCUAAUUUUCACAUACCUCUUGCAAGAACUAAUGGCCAGUUCUCCACAGCCAUCGCCGAUCUUUCCAAACUUUGGCUUUGCGACAGAGAGCGAACCCAACCGUGACUUACAACUGCGACUGAUUUUCAACAAUAGCAUGGGCAUGCUAGCACAUGUCGAGACGAGUCUGGGAUUACCAGAGCGACAUGCCGCUAGCUGUUUAUCAGGACAGCCUCACCAUCAAGACGGGAUUCUAUCGCACCCGUCUGCCCUCGUCCUCCUCGACGGCCUUGCAAGUCAAGGUUUUGGACUGUGUGUGAACGGUCUCGCGACGGGGAAACAACCGUUGAAAGAGAUCGUGCAGGCUAUAAACCAGUUCCUGGCCCUUCCCGACACACUGCCUGAAAACUGUCAGUGA